AUGGCGGUUGGGGGCGAUGGGCAUUGGGUCCUUGCUUCCAUGUGGUCAUUGUUGCUCGUCAGCUUCGUUUUUGUUGUGUUGCGGACGUACACAAGAGUUUAUAUCGUCAAGUCUUUCGGUGUUGACGAUCACAUGUACAAUCUUGCUUUUUUCUUUCUUCUCAUGAAUACCGUUUUGAUGACCAUUGGCGUACACUAUGGCCUGGGCCAGAAUCUAAUGGAUAUUUUAGAAAACGACCCCGAGCACUUACCACUAUCGCUACUCUACGAAGCUGCCAGUCAAACAUUUGCGAUAAUAGCCAUGAGUAUCGCAAAGUGGUCUUUGGGUCUCUUUCUACUACGGCUCGUCAAGGAGAAGUGGCACAAGAUUGCCAUAUGGUGCAUGAUGGCUUGUCUCAUGUCAGCUUCCAUCGCAGUCUGUUUUGUUUACUGGCUCCAGUGUACUCCAGUAGAGUAUCUUUGGAACCGCAAGAUACCAGGUCGUUGCCAUAUAGAUACGGCCCCCGUGUCUAUGACACUUUGCAUCCUUUGUGUGGUUGCCGACUUCUUCUUCGCCGGGUUCCCCUGGCUGUUCAUCCUAGGGCUACAGAUGAAGAUGAAAGAGAAGAUGGUCAUUCUUAUAAGUCUCAGCCUGGGUGUCAUUGCUGGAGCAUUUGGCAUCAAACGUACUCUCGAAGUUCCCAAGCUCAAAAGCCCAAACCAUACAAAGGAUCCGAUGGGAUUGAUUGUCUGGUCAGCCGCUGAGCUCACUGUAACAAUGAUCUGUAUCGCCAUCCCUGUCUGCCGACCCCUAUACAAAAAAUGUUUCAGCAAGUGGACGUCUCGCAACUCUAGCAACUACCCCAACUCCGGAGCAUCAUAUCCGUUGCGGACAAUAGGCGGCGGCGUACUUCAAGCUAAGCGGGUGGACAGGAAUGGCAGCGGCAGCACGGCAGAUACCAACGAACAAGUCGAAGAACACGAACGAAAGACCGGUAUCAAUGGCCCGUUUACAAGGACGAGGGUGUAUCCCAAAAGCGAUGGAAGGCGUAUUGGAGGUGAUCAGAGUGAAGAGGAGAUCCUUGGGUCGGAAUUCCGGAGAAGUCAGAUCAUGGACCUUGAGGCACAAAAUGGCGGGACUAUGCCGACGCGCCAUACUAAUAAUUCUGAGCGAAGCAUGUAG